CAGCCUAACCUGUUCUCCUGGCUGGCUUCAAGAUUAUCUGCAUUUAACUGGCAGAUCCAUCCCGUUUUUCCUUACAGAGCAGCAGUGAUACACUGACAAGGAGACAUCUCUCCCUGGACUUUCCAUAGGUGGAGGCAUCCUUGGCAGCAUUGUACGAUCAUUUUGCUGUGGUCUGGAGUUUCCAUUGUUUCUUGUAUUUUGUAGAAAUUCCAUGAUAUGUGUUACAUCUAAGAAAUGAUGAGCGGAGACAGCAAGGGUAGACGUAUUUCAGAAAGCCUGGUCCUGGAUGACUCUGAGAAAGGAGUCGUCAUUACAGGAGUCACAGAUGACAGAGUGGCUGCAAAGAGUGGCCUGCAAGCAGGGGAUGAGAUUGUUGCAGCCACUAUACACCUAGACCACCUCAACAAAAGUGAAGUGCUGAACCUCCUGAAGGUUCUGGAACCUUAUGAUAACAACAUGAAGGUUCUGACAAAGAAGGACCUGAAUGCCAGUGCUGGCCUUGGUUCCUUUGGAUUAGGUCUCAAACACCCUGAAGAGAUGCUCAACCUAAAGAAGGAUCUGUCACUGGAUGCAUCAGCUGAAGCACCUGUUGUUUCCGUUGGUGGCCUCAGUGGAAAAUUAAAUGCUGCGCAGGGGUUGGGGGGUGAAAUAACUUGUCCCACUCUCAAUGGAGACCUUCCCAGUCUCAGUCUAAAUAAGCCCACAGCUCACGCUGGUGGCAAGGUUACAAUGCCCUCCGUAGGACUGACUGGACCAAAUAUAAAAGGAGAUCUAGAUGGCACCCUCAAAGUACCUGAUGUCAGUGCCUCGACUCCCAAGCUCAACACUCACAGUGCCUCACUAGACAUUGAGAAACCAGAACUCAAGACAGGAAACUUGGAAUAUAAGCCCCCAAAAUUCAAGAUGCCACACUUCAAUCUGCCUAAACACAAACCACCAAAAGCAGAAAUGGAUGUUUCCGGUAAGGUGGAUGUCCCUUCUGUUAGUGGAAAUCUAGAGACACCAGACCUCAAUCUGUCAGCCCCAAAAAUAGAUGUUAAAAAUCCACAUUUGGGCCUGAAGGAGCCAAAAGUGGAUCUGAAUGGUCCUGAUGUAAAUUUAGAAACCCCGAAUGCUGAUAUCGAGGCACCAUCAGGCAAAAUCAAGUGGCCUCAUCUGAAAUGGAAAGGUCCCAAAGCUAAAGGACCAGAUGCUGACUUAAAUGCUGCCACAGAUGUCAGCCUCACUACACCAAAGAUUGAUGGGGAUCUAAGUGCACCAGAUGCUGACAUUAACUUUCCCAAAGCUGACAUCAAAGCUCCUGAUCUAUACGUUCAAACCCCAGAUCUUGACAUUGAUGCCCCAUCUGGUAAAAUUAACUGGCCUCAUUUGAAAUGGAAGAAACCCAAACCUUAUGGCUCAAAAGCUGAUCUGGACUUAGAUGCAAACCUGAACGCACCAGAUGUUGAUUUGAGUGUUCCGGAGGGUGGAAUAAAUGCCCCAAACGUUGACAUUCGUUUGCCAAAGGCUGAACUUAAAGGCUGUGAUCUAGAUGCACAAACCCCAAAUAUUGAUGUAGAGGCUCCAUCUGGUAAAAUCAACUGGCCUCACAUGAAAUGGAAGAAGCCCAAAUUUCAAGGCCCAACAGCAGACUUGGAUGGAGACCUAAACACACCCAAUUUAAAUCUCUCAACUCCAAAGAUUGAAGGUGACAUUAAUAUACCAAAUGCUGAAUUGAAUCUCCCAAAAGCUGACCUUAAAGGGCCUGAUGUAGAUGUUCAGGCCCCAGAUCUUGACAUUGAUGCCCCAUCAGGGAAAAUUAACUGGCCUCAUAUGAAGUGGAAGAAGCCCAAAUUUCAAGGCCCAACAGCAGACUUGGAUGGAGACCUAAACACACCAAAUUUAAAUCUCUCAACUCCAAAGAUUGAAGGUGACAUUAAUAUACCAAAUGCUGCAUUGAAUCUCCCAAAAGCUGACCUUAAAGGGCCUGAUGUAGAUGUUCAGGCCCCAGAUCUUGACAUUGAUGCCCCAUCAGGGAAAAUUAACUGGCCUCAUAUGAAGUGGAAGAAACCCAAACUUCAUGGCACCAAAGCUGACCUCAAUGCAGAUCUGAGCACACCAGACGUUGAUCUAUCUGUUCCAAAAAUCGAUGGUGAGAUUAGCACACCAAAUGCUGAGCUAAAUUUACCAAAAGCUGAUGUUGAUCUUAAAGUACCAGAUGCUGACAUUGAGGGCCCUUCUGGAAAAAUCCGGUUCAAAAAGCCCAAGUUUCGACUGUCUGGGCCAAAGGUGAAAUCUCCUAAUGUUGACCUUGAUGCUAAUAUUAAAGCACCUGACCUCAGUCUCUCUCCUCAAGCAUCACUUGAUGGACCUGAUUUUGAUCUUAAAUUACCCAAAGCUGAUGUUGACAUUAAAGCACCAAAUGUAGAUACUGAGGCUCCAUCUGGGAAGUUCAAAUUGUCCACUCUUAAAAAACCAAAGUGGUCAGCUUCAGGUCCUAAAGUUAACAGUCAAGAUAUUGAUCUAGAUGCUUGUGUUUCAUCCCCGGACUUGAGUCUCUCAGCUCCAAGUGAGAUCCAUGCACCAGAUGUAAAACUAAACUUACCAAAAGCUGACCUGGAAUGCUCUAAGUUAGAUGCUCCAGAUCUUGAAAGUCCAUCUGGAAAAUUCAAAUGGCUCAAGAAACCCAAAUUUAGCACACUGAAGGGUCCAAAGGCUAAUAUUGACGCGGAUGUGAAGGUACCAGAUGUAGAUGUCAAGGGGCUUGACAUGGAUUUGAGUGCACCAGAUGUUAAUCUUUCAGCACCAAAAAUAGGGUCUGGGAUUGAGGCACCAGACCUCAAAAUCAGCAUGCCUGAUGCUGACAUCAAAGGUCCAGAUUUGAAUCUUAAUGGUAAAGAUCACCACCUUGAUUCACCUGAGGGUAAGUGGAAGUUACCGAAAUUCAAACUACCAAAAUUCAAAGGGGCAAGCGUCAAGGGUCCCGAAUUGGAUGGUGAUUUAAUAGCACCAGACAUUGACACCAGUCUUGAGUUACCUAAAAUUGGUGUGGAUCAACCUAAUGUAGACCGAAAAGCACUAGACAUGAAUCUUUCUGCCCCCACAAUUGAAGGUGGCAUUGCUGCUCCAGAUGUGAACCUGAGUCUUCCAGAAGCAAACCUGAAAGGGCCGGAUGUAGACCUUAAAACACCAGAUGUUGACAUUAAUGCUCCUGGAAAAUUAAAGAUGCCAGGAUUCAAAAUACCAAAAUUUCACAUUGGAGGAUCAAAGGCACAAUUACCUGAUGCGAAAGUUGAUGUCUCUGUUCCUGAUGUUGAAUUGCCAGCAGCUGAGGUCAAAGCACCUAAUGUGAAUCUUUCUGCCCCCACAAUUGAAGGUGGCAUGUCUGCGCCAGAUAAGAACCUGAGUCUUCCCAAAGCAAACCUGAAAGGGCCGGAUGUAGACCUUAAAACACCAGAUGUUGACAUUAAUGCUCCUGGAAAAUUAAAGAUGCCAGGAUUCAAAAUGCCAAAAUUUGGCACUGGAGGACCAAAGGCUCAAUUACCUGAACCCAAAGCUGAUGUAAAGGGACCCAGUCUUCAUCUACCAAAAACAGACCUCCAGGUACCUGAUCUCAAACUGAAAGAACCAGGUCUCAGCCUGUCUACAUCAGAAAUUGAUGCACCAAACAUAGACACCAAGUUGUCGAAAGCUGAACUGGAAGCACCUGAUGUCACACUGAAAGCUCCAAAUGUGGAUAUCAACCUGCCUAAAGCAGACCUUAAAGGCCCUGAUGCACAGUUAAAAACACCAGAUCUAGAUUCCCAUCUGGGAGAAUUUAAAUUGCCUCAUUUCAAGGUUCCAAAACUUGGUCUUUCGAGUCCCGAAGUCCCCAGUGUUCACCCUUUAGUAGAGGCUGGAAUAGAGGCACCAAAGGUCAACAUAGGCACUCCUACAGCAGAUGCCAACAUCUCUGUUCCUGCAGUAGACUUGAGUGUGCCACAGUUAGAGGGAAAUAUCAAAGGACCCAAAGUUGAUGUGAAAGCUCCAAAUGUAGAUACAAAUCUUGAAAAGUCCAAAUUGCCACAUUUCAAGGUUCCAAAGCUUUCAAAGUAUAAAACAAAAGCUCCAGAGGUUAAUACAAGUGCAAAUCUUGAAGUCUUACCUGAUGUGAAGGUCAAAGCUCCCAGUGUUGAAGGCAAGAUCAGUUCACCUGAAGUCAGUGUGCUCUCUGCUCCUAAAGUGACAGGCCUCAACACACCUGAACUGGAUAUCACAGCUGAAGGCAAUGCCGAAGUUAUAGGUUCUGAAACUGGUGUGUCCAAUGCUGAGGCAGCGUUUCCUACAUUCAAAUUCCAUAAACUGACUGGGAACGGCAUUGAUGGCAUUGGAGGAAUUUGUGAUACCUUAGGCUUAUCAAAACUAGACACAGAGGCAAAGGAUUAUGUUGUCAGCAAAGGGAUCCGCUUGCCAAUAGUAAAUGCAACACCAAAAGCAGGAGAAAAGAUUGACAUUAUGGAGAGAUUGAAAAUGUCGAUGAAAAAAACACCCUCAGUUAGCAUCUCACCAACCAAAGAGAAAAUUGAUACUGAUCCGAAGCUUGCCGCCCAAAGUCUUGAUGUCAAUGUCUCUACAGAACCAGGAGAUUCCUCUUUGGUGAGAGGAGGUACUUUCAAAGUAGAAAAGCCAGAGCCUGUUCUGGGCCAAGCAGCCCCUGAAAUUUCGACAUCAGAUGAAAAUGACAAAUUGACAUUAGGCCUCUCCAAUAUGCUCGGCCUCAAUAUCAAGGAUUCAGAUACUGACUGAUUCCUGCUAGGCUAUCCUGAUAAAUAAAGCUUCAGUCCAGAAACAUUGUAAAUAUACAUAACAAACAAACAAUGAAAUGCCUUAGUUUGUGACCAUCAAUAGAGAACUUACUUGUUUAAUUAACACUUGCCAUUGUUUUCUGCUGAUAGUGCCAGCUACAGCAUCCUUCUUGUGCAAUAACUUAAGAUAACCUAAUGAAAGAACUUGUUUUUAUAAACUAUGUGUAUAUUGCUGUUAUUUAUAUAAGCUUUUUUCUAAACAUUGUUGAUUUGAACACAGUUCUCUUAGUAUUGCAUGUGAUCACAUUGAGCUAUUUAGGUCUCUGAGAAAUGCAUUACUUUACCUUAAAAUGUUUUAAUAAUCAGUGAAUUGUGUGAGUGAAUGUAUUUGUUAAUCUUUUGUUCAAUAAAUAAAUAUUAAACUGAUUAGAACUGAUGAUUUGUUGUUUUGUAUCCAAGUAAAUCGAUAUUUGAAAAUUAAUAUUUGAAAUGAGUAUUUUACAGACCUGUAAUAAUCUAAUAAUCAAAUAAAUAUCCAUUUAUUAUUGGCAAUUUUACUCAUAGCUGAACUGUACGAUUGCCUAUUUAAUACACUUCCCAUUUUUGCAUUUUCAGCUAACCUGCUGUAUGUUAAAAAGUCUCUGUAGGAUACAAUAGAAAUGAAUUGGAAUUAAUCAACUGGAAGUGUACCAACUGAACACUGUCUCUGUUUAUCACUACCAAAUUAGAGAGUUCUUUCUAGGACCCUUCUUGGAAAUUAUCAGUUCAAGUUAAAGAAAUUAUGGAGCCAUGACAGAAGUCCUUGAGGUUGAUGUUGCUCCUUAAAUUUUUCUUUAAAAAUAACAAAACCUUUUACAGAGUUUGAAAUGUAUUUAUUUAUAGUAAAAUAAAAAAAAAUCCAGUUCUUUCUUUAAACAUAAUAAACAAAAAAAAACAACAUUGAUGUGAGUAUUAAAGGUUUUAACUGUAUGUUUGGUAUGCAAAUGUAACAAAUUAGAUUUUUUGGAUAAUAUUUUGUUUGGUUAGACCAAAUUAAGGAGAAAUAUAUUAAAGAAAUAUUUUACUUGUUGAUCUAAA